AUGUCUUACGUAACAUUCUAUACUGCUACAAACUAUGGUGGAGAAGCAGUCCAGUACAAUGAAGGUGUAACUGUUGAUUUCGCAAGAGAUGACAAGUACAAUGACAAGUUCCAAAGCUGUAGAAUUCCUAGUGGUCUUUGGGUCAAUGCAUUCCAAAACAAUGAUGCUUCUGGUACAGAUACUGGAAUCCACCAAGAGUUGCAUGGUGAUCAAACAGACUUGUCUUUUAUGGGUGGUCUCUCCAAUUUCCAAGUUCUCAGUGAUGCAUUUGGUUAUGCCAUUGAUGUCAAGUUAGUGUGUGGUGGUGAUUUGGCAAACACCCCAGCCAACUCCUACCAAAUGGAUUUCAUUCCCUACGAAGUGACUGGUGUUCAAUGCAUUAAUGGCAACGAUUACAUUCAAUGUCCAAUCCCAAAACUCGACCCACCCAAUUCUGAAAUUGUUUGUCAAGUAUCGGUUAAAGAGUUGGCAUGGCCAGGAGCUAAUGUAGCCAACGGCUCCAUCUAUUUCCAGUAUGACCCAUCAUCUGGAAUCAUUUCCUAUAGUGACAAGGGUGGUUAUCCUGCCAACAUGACUAUUACUCAAGAUGUCAAUGGUAAAUCUGCAACUUGGGAAUUAUCCAAUGGAGGUAAUGGACACACUUAUAAAUUCUUUGCAUCAGAGCAUCCCAUUUCGAUCCAUGAUGCUAUAAAGAAUUGCGCAACUGUCGACACCGAGUCUUUAUCAACGAUUAAAUCAUAUCUCGUGACAAUUGGAUCAAAGCAGGAAUGGGAUUUCCUCGAGAAGGAGUUGUCAGACUCAAAGGUUUAUUAUCGAACUUGGUUGUCUGGUACUGACCCUGGUUUAAAAGGAAAUUGGGUCUAUUCAACAGGUCCACAAUUAAAUCAACCUUUAUUUAAUACUUUUACUGGUCAAUGUUUUGGAUAUUGUGCAUUUCAAACUAGUGAACCAUCAUUAACAAUAGGAGAAGAAUAUCUUUAUGCAAGAGAAAGAUUCCCAUGGAGUUUUAAUAAUGCAAUGUCAAAUAAUACUCGUGAACCAGUAUCAUAUUAUAUAUGUGAACAAGAACCUUUGGAAGAAAUAUUUGCAUCGUCGGUUGGUACUGUUGGUGGUCUAGUUAUAAUCAAUAAUUUAAAAUCAUUUAAUAUUGAAUCGUUAAACAUUUCAUUCUUUAAUCCAACAAAUAAUAUUUCAAAAUCAUGUGACAACAUUACAUCAAUUAACUCUACAAAUGUAUCGGUUACAUGUCAAGUACCACCACUUGCAGGUAUUCACAAUAUCAUUGUUCGAGAUGGAAACGGAACCAAAUCAACUCAGUAUGGAUGGCAACCUUUUCCACCAUUUGUCAAAGCUGUUUAUCCUUCUCGCGACCUUUCAGGGUUGGUUACUCUGAUUGGUGAGAAUUUUGGAGAUAAUAGUUCGGAUGUUCUAGUAGCAGUGACUCGUUCCAAAAUACCAUGCAAAGUUAUCAUGUUUUCUACCAACCAGAUUAUCUGUCAAUUGUCAGCACCAAUACCUUCAACUCUAAAAUUCCUUCCACUUACAGUUCAAGUUGCAGGUGUUUAUACUGAAACUUAUAAACCAAAUAUUUAUUGCAUUGAUAAAUUUUAUUCAAGUAUUAGAUUUACUGGUACAUAUGAAACGGUUAAAAAAAUAAUGAAUGAUAGUAUAAAGAUGGAAGCUACACCAAUUCCACCAUAUCUAGGUGUUAUUGAUUCAAUGGAACUUUAUGAAUGCAUAAAGGAUACAAUUUAUUUGGUUAAAGACACACCCUUUUAUCUUUGGUUGGGUGUUAAUUUUGAUAAAUACACCAACUCUUUUAUGAUUAAUGACGGACCAAAGAAUGGGAAUGUGACCCAAGUAUACUUUGAAAGAAUAGAAAAUGCCAAAACAAGUACCUCCACACCCAUAUACUAUCAUUUGGAUACCAAACAACUCAACAAUCCAAGAAUUUCAGUCGAAUCUGUUGUAUCACCAUUGAUUGCAUUUGGAGGGGGACUACCUCCUGUCAUUACCAAUACAACCUAUCUUCAAGACAAUAGUAGUACAACCUUGACAGUGACAGGGUUGAAUUUUGGAAGAGACGCAUCUUAUGUUUUAACGACCAUUCAAGGUGUUCAAUGUAUCAAUCCAAAAUUCACCGAAGAUCUUCUUUACAACAAGUUUACAUGCUCUCUCAGUGCUGCAACCUUAAACUAUACUUCAACUACUCAAGUUGAAAUCAAAUACAAUGUGACCGUUCAAGUAGCCGAGCUUGUUGGGUCAAUCGUUUUGGUCCAUUACAAAUUUAAAGAAUGUCCAAACAAUUGCUCUGGCCAUGGAGUAUGUGAUAAAUACUAUGGAACGUGUCGUUGUGAACCUGGGUAUGACUUGACAUUGGAUUGUGCAAACUCUACCAAACAACAAGCUUUUAUUACCAAUGUACAAGAAGGAAGAGGUGUAUCUGAGUUGGCAUCUCCCCAGCAACCAACACCUCCACCAACACCAGCACCAACACCACUAAACAAAGAUAAAGAACAAGGAGUCAAUUUUACAACUGGGAUUAAUUAUCUAAGAGAGGUAAAUCAUGAAGGUCGAGUUGUUAAAUUUGUAAAUUUAGAUAAUAUGUCAUGGAUCAAUCAAGUCUCUACAAAUGGAUCGGUUUUCAUUGGUCAUCUUGACAAUGAUUCGGUCAAGAUGAUUGUCAAGGUACAUCAAUUUGAUGUACCGGGAAUGAUCACAUUUGCAGGUGAGGAUAUCCCCAUGGCUCCAUUCUCUAUCAAAUACCACAUAAAGAUUGUCAAUUGGACAUGGCAAUCACCACUCAAUACACUUCAAGUCAUUUUCCUUUCCUAUCCAAAUGCCGUUGUAACAGACAAAUGUGGAAGAAAACAAGUAAAGGUAGAGGCAUCUGACCCGGGUGACCAAGUACUAUGGACAAAGGUACAAGUUGGAAGAUCACUAUUAAACUGUAAAAUUGCAAGUCGAAUGAUUGUCGAUGGUGACACUCUUCCCUCUAGAGUAUCUUUGCUAAGUGAAAACGAUGAAUUACAAGACCAAAUUAAAAAGGAAGGUGGUGGAACUGCAGGAUUCAAUAUUCUAACUGCUUUUCAUAUCCCACAUUUUCGAUCUGUUGAAAUUGAUCCAGCCUACAACGCCCUCCUACUUGGAGAAGAUGACAAGUUUAAUUUGGGUGACGACAUUGAAUGCGACUCUUUUGCAAAAUGGAAGAUUAUUGCCAUUGUUGUCUGUGGAAGCUUUAUCCUCGUUACAUUGACCAUUGCUUUAGUGUUCAUUACAAAGAAAAGAUUACAAGUUACAUUUUCUAAAAAUUUAAAUCGAAAUAGAACCACUCCCAAAAUAACAAGUCCGAGAAUAGUCUCUUCAAUCAACCAACAACAACAACAACCACCAGAAAUUGUCAUCAUAAAUCAUAAUAAUAAUACUAUCCCUCUAAGUCCAAUACAAAAGAAAAUUAAUGAUUGGGUAAACUCUCAGACAUCACCACCACCUGAUAAUCUAAAUAAAUAA